GCGGUGAUUCUCCACAUCAAACCACUGCAUGUCAGAUGCUGAAACUCAACCAUCAGGUUGUUUUCAUCCACCUGUGUGAUGUUCGUUUAUGACUGUGACUGCAUCCCGUGAGAGACAACGAGCUCGACAAGAGGGGAGUGUGCGUGCAGAGUUUGUGUGAGCAGACCUGUGUGUGAGGAUAGUCAACAUGAUGCAGUGCUGGGCGCUACUCACCUUUGUUUACCUGUCCAUCUACCUGGCAGCCACUCAGCACCACAGGAAAGCUCUGUAUCCAUCUGCUUAUAGAAUAAAGCGUGGGACAUUUUCGCUGAUCAACCCCACGUUCCAGGGCUCGGUGGAGGACGUCAACCUGCUUUUUGAGAUUCUACUGGCUGGAUUGCAGAUAGAAGGUGAAGAACACACCAUGCUGAUCCCAGAUGAGGAGCUGGCCUCCCUGAGGAGCGUGCAGAAGCUAGAGGUCAUCUGUGACGACGUCCUGCCCAAGGGGCUCUCCGACAUCCGCCGCCUGACAGCACAGCUCGCCCAGCGCCGGCAGCCCCUGAGCUGGCAGGACUUCGAGAGGACGGUGUUGACCCUGGUGUACACCACUCAGACACUGGCUCGACUCGGCAACCAGCAGCAGAGACAGGCGUGGACGGACGCUGUGAUCCAGCUGUUCAAAGCCAUUCAAAAGGACCUCAUAUCAUCUUGAGGAAAAAUCAGAGGAUGUCAUUUUUUUUUAAAAGGUCUUUUUGUUGCAGAUGUGUGUAAUUAUCCAGAGCCCAUUCAACAUGUGACAUUGUGUGACAUUACAGUCCUUGACUUAGGCUGAUUUCCCAGUUUCAUGUAUAGUCUACAUAUUAACUGUAUUCAGUAUGGACUGUUGUACUACUUGGUAUAGUUCACUUUUUUUUUUAAAUAAUAAAAAAAAAAACAAGAACUAACUCAAGGUCCACUCACAAGCUCUGCAAAAGUUAGUAUGUGAACCCUGAGUUAAGAUUUUUGUGUUUUUGUUAAACAUCCCUGUCCAAGAAUGAAUUUUCAUGCUCAAGAGAACAAUACUGUUUUACUGUUACUGUUUUUUGCUUUACUGUUUUGUAGUAACAGGAAAUGAUGUGAACUGUCAGCCAUACUUCAACCCUGAAACGCCACUGCAGAUUAAACUUCACAACUUU